AUGACCCUCACAUUGAUCGGCCUGCUGUGUCUUGGUGAUCAUAGGAAACCCAUCCUGAUUGUCCGGCCAACACAUGUGGUACCUCGAGGAAACCGCGUGACUCUUGAGUGUCACUGUCAUCGUGGAUUUGCCGAGCACAAGCUCUACAAGGGACCUGUGACACCAGCAGAUGCUGGCAGCUACAAAUGUCAUGUUCGUUAUCAUCAUUUAAUCCUACCAGUAGCCAGCAACCCUGUGGAGAUCCUGGUCACAGGUGUAUACAGAAAACCCUCCCUUCUGGCCUGGCCUGGACCCCUGGUGACACUGGGAGAGAAUGUGACCCUGCGGUGCCGUUCAGAGACCGUCUUUGACACCUACAUGCUGUAUAAAGAUGAGGGAAUCGGGGACCCCUUGCGUGUACGUGGUAAACUGCAUGACUGGACCUCUCAGGCUGACUUCUCCAUGGGCCCAGUGACAUCUGACCAUGCGGGGACCUACAGAUGUUAUGGUUGGCUCACCCACGCCCCCUACGAACUGUCAGACCCCAGUGACCCCCUGACUCUCGUGAUCACAGGUAACACUAGACUUUGGUCUAUUCUGAUUGGACUCUCGGUGGUCGCCAUCAUCCUGGUCCUCCUCAUUUGCUUCCUCAUUCGUCGCUGCUGUCGUGCAAAAAAGGAUGCCACUAUGCUCAGCAGAGAGCCUGACGUGGACACCACGGUGAGUGGGAAGGUACCUGAAGAAGACCCACAGGAGGUGACUUACACAGAGCUGAGACACUGGACUCCCAAGAAGGAAAAAAAUCACUCCCACCCCACAGAGGUCAGAGGCCUCCUCAACUAA